CGUUCCGCGGCAGACGUCUGCUCGAGAAAUCCGACGGCUACCGCAAGAAUCACCCGACGCACUGCACGAGGGGCGGCAUCAGUACCUCGGAGAAGCACCCGCUACCAGCCGACCUGACGCUGUUCCUGGUUCUCCCCGACAAACCCUUCGGAGACCAGAGCCGAGCACCGGGCCGCCAAGAUGGAGCAACAACGCUCGAUGAUGAUGUCGCGCGCGAUGUCGCAGCGCUCCGUCGUCAUCCGGCCGGCGACCCAGGAGACUGGCGGAAUGAUGCAGUACCUGCUGACUAUCGUCUUCCUCAUCUGCGCCUUCUGGGUCGUCAUCGGCGCCCUCUACUUCAUCUACGGCAAGCGGGGAGCAGGGAAAACGACCCCUGACGACGAAGGUGGUGUCGCCGUCCCAGCCUGUAAGCAUGCGUACAAAAGCAGAUGUACGGGCUGCAGUAGUCCAGUGGCUAGCGUUGCGCUGUUCCACUCGAGGUCGCGCGUAGGAUCCCGGCCGCGGCGGCCACGUCCCGAUGGGUGCGCAAUGCAAGGAACGCUUGUGCGAUUCGAUUUAGGUGCGUUUCCAUAGCUACGGCGGGAUCAACAUUAAUCUGGAGUCCUCCAUUAGGGCAUGCGUUGUGAUUGGAUUGUGGUUUUUGGCACAUAGAACCUCAGAAUAGGCUUUUUUUUUUUUUUACAAAGCAGAUGUUCCUGCUUCCGGAUGCCAAGUCGCGACUUGGCAGCCUUAAUCAAGUAUUGUAGUAUUUACCAUGUUUGCUUAUUUUUAUUUUUAUUUUAUUUAUUCAAUACUGCCAGCCGCCAUUUGGUAGCCAACGCAGGAGUGUUACAGUCCCUUUGGUGGGUAUCAAGAUGCAGCGAAGCAAGCAUGAUAGCAAACACAAAUACAGUAAUUUAUUGUUUCUGCUACAGUGUUUGCAUCUUACUCGUUUUCUAAAUUUAUUUUUCUUUCAUAAAUAACGUAUUUUUAUUUUGUUUACUGUUUUAUUUACUGAGUACUUGUUAGUUAUUCUUUUUGUUCUUCCGUUCAUUAACUGUUGUUGACGUUUACUUCAUCUUUCACCUUUAUGCGGUGCAGCGUGCAAGGCCUUUUCCUGGGCUAACACCUCUAGCUCUCACUAAACUUUCGAACAUUAAGCUUUUCUCAUUAAAGUUACUUGAUGUGUCGAAGUGGUUACUCGGUCUGCAUAUUUGUUUGUGGCGAUCGCUAUCCGUGUACUUCUGAUGCUUUCGGAUGACAUCGAGUCUAAUCCCGGUCCCAUGACGAAGGCUGAAGCUGAGUCAUUUGCCGUUGCCUUAGAAAGAUUGCAGAAAUUAGAUGGAGCGUAUGCAUCCGUGCUCGAAGCAACCCUAAAGCUGGAAGAACUCCGAGAUACUUUCUUAGGAGGGCUGAACUGUUUCAAACAGAGGGAGGCUGCAGCUGAGAAAGCAAUUAAACACUUAACUGAAAGAGUGGCCGCAGUGGAGAGGCGCAAGACUGAGGAGGCCGAAGGUAAAACUGCGAAAGAACAGGAGGCGGUUUCACCGAGUGAGGUAAACCGUUUGCAUGAAAGCGU